UGGAGAAACAUGGUUCCUUGGUUCUUCUAUUUAUUCUUUUCUUCCUGUCAAUGCGGAAACGUGAGAGGUGAGACUUGCUAGCCCCGCUCACCGUGUCCAGCCAUCCUUGCCGGGCUGCCCAUGCUGUCCCGCUCUAAUGCUCCAUUCUACCGGUUACUCCACUUAGCGGCCUAGACCCAUUAAACCUUAGUCAGCCGCAGGGUAUGUAUCCUGAUUGCUUUACGUUUGGGAGUAUUCUGAGAAAUUCAUUUGGAUGUUAUAGAGUCGAUGGACUUAUGAUUAUUGGCAGUAUACAUGGCAUCAUUGUUCAAUUGGGGUAUGAGUCUAAUAAUGUGCCUAUUGGAUCUCUAGUUGAUGCCUAUGUGAAGUAUGGGAACUUAGCUGGUGCAAAUCGUCUUUAUAGAAGUAUGAAGAAGAUAGAUAUCAUAUCAUGCUCUGCAUUAAUUAUGCGAUAUGCUCGUCAAGGUAAAGGCAUUGAUGGAUGCAUGAAUCUCUUUUUUGAGUUGAACCGAUUGCACGUGGAAAUUAAUAGUGUAAUAUUGUGCUCAAUGCUUAGUUUGUGCUCUAAAUCAGCAUUAUUGAGUCUAGGAAGGCAGGUGCAUACUCUUACGUUGAAAUAUCAAAAUAAACAUGAUGUAGCCUUGGGAAACUCUUUGAUUGCCAUGUACACAAAAGCAGGUGAGAUUGAGGCUGCUAAGAGAAUUUUUCAUCACAUGGAAGAGAAGAAUGAAAUCUCAUGGACAUCAAUGAUAUGGACAUCAAUGAUAUCUGGAUAUGGUGUGCAUGGCCAUACUGAGAACGCAAUUUCUCUUUACAAGAAGAUGGAACUGCAAGGAAUUUAUCCAAAUCAUAUCACGGUCUUGUCCCUUUUCUCUGCGUGUAGUCAUACUGGCUUGACUUCUCAAGGCUGGGAGUUCUUCCACAAUAUGGUUCGAAAAUAUAAGAUUUGCCCAUUGUCGAAGCACUAUGCUUGCAUGGUAGACCUUUUGGUACGUGAGGGUUGUUUGGAAGAAGCCCAUAGUUUGAUAUGUAGGGAGAAAGUUAAUCCGAGUGCCUCUCUUUGGGGAUCACAUCUUGGGGCGUGUAGUGUGCAUGAACAUAUGCAUCAUGGAGAGUUAGCAGCGAAGAAUUUAUUUAGUAUGAACCCCCAAGAGCCUGCCAACUAUGUUGUCUUGGCUAACAUAUACGCAUUGGCAGGUUUAUGGUGAAGGGCCGCCGAUACACGGGAAUUGAUUGUUAAUAGGAGGUCACGGAAGAAUCCUGGUCAUAGUUUUGUCCUGUCAAACAAUAUCACUUCUUCCCGCUGGUUGGUAUAAAGGUCUGUGAGGAUUUCAAUGUAUUCGAUUCCAGAUAUGGUAUUUUUAUGCAUUUAUACAUCGUGCUUAAUGAUUGAGCAUUUGAACUGCCUUUAGCGGUUAGCUUAUACAAAGUAUAUCAUUUUCAUUUUCAUUUACCUACAUGGGGUAAGGGGAGGUCGGAUGUACGCAGGCUUACCCCUGUACUAAAGUUCAGAGAGAUUGUUUCCGGAUGACUCAUAGUGAAAAUCGCAUCCAAAAUUGCAUGGACUGACUGCUGCUUCAUAACAAAGAAGCGCAGACACUUUAGUGAGCCAUUUUGCUUUACUCCAUCAUAUUUGUCAAGCCAAAAUAUAAUAAAUCUUUGGCUCCAUUGCAAGUGAUGGAAAAGAAAAAGAAAGGAUAAACUCAUAAAAGGCCAGAGCUAAGGAGCACCUUGACUUGUUUAAUGUUGCUGCUAGUCAACCUAAAGUUCCAUCUCGUAAAUUAUCUCUUUGUGUUUACAAAUGCCAAAUGUAAUAUAAUGGUCUGGUGACUGGUGUGGAUCCAAAUCAAUAUUGUGUGAGUUCUACAAAGCUGGGAAAUGUACAAAGGAUUUCAAGUGGAAGUUCUCACACGAUCUGAAUAUACAAAAAAAGGAGAGAAGAUUGUCAUUUGCAUAUAAAUGUGAUCAUGUAAAAAAGAAAUAGCGGAGGAUCUGGAGUUUGGGGCCAAGAGACUUUUGAGGAGUUUGUGGCAUAAAAAGUGAGGAGUACAGCAAGAACCAAUCAAGUUUCAGGGUCCACUAUUACCUUGUGUUUUGCUUUUGUGUUGUCCACAUCUAUUAUAGAUAAGUUGGGAAAAGGGGUUAUAUUUUACAUUGGGGGGGGGGGGGGCUCUUCCCAUGCUUUGUGUGAUUGUUUACCUCAAAUGAGACAAAUAUAAAUCAAAUAAAAAGAUUAAAUUGUACCCAUUCAGGUAGCUCUUUUUUAUUCCAACGUAGACCUCACAUGUUGCUCCUAGUUAAAAGAUCUUUCCAUAUGACUUGAAUGAAAUGAGUGGGAUUUCUCAGGAAGAAUGUAGAGGUAUCAUCAUUCGUAGUUCUCAUGUGCAGGUUUGUAAAUACUUUUUGGAUGCUGAGGAGAAGAAAUGAAUGGAUGGUUUUGGGUCUGUCGAAAUUGUGGUAAACACUGUCACUAUAGAUAUACUCUUCCUCCAGGGUAUGUUCUGAAAUCAAUGAGGAAUAGAUUAAUAUUUUGAAAGCAAUGGUCUGCAAAAUAUGGAAGGGUAAGUUUUAGAGUUGUAAUGUACUUCAAAACGCUAAUGGAAAACAGUUCAGUUUUCAGCGUUUUGGAUUUUGUGGAGAAAUUGUGGCCACAAAAUGGAGCAAGAGCUGGAGAUGCAGUGAGAUCGCGGGCAAGAUCCAUGGGUUGAACUACCUUUAGGCAGAUUGAUUGAAAAAGGUGCACUGAGGAAUGAUUGGGCAGGCCGUAGAUGGGGGUUUCUUCCAGCGAUGGAGUGCAGGCACGACAGAAACGUUGAUGUUUGUGUUUUGAAAUAACUCCCAGCUAAAAUUGUCUAAAAAAAAGUUAAUCCCACUUAGUUAUAUGAAUAUGUAUCUUUUGUUCAUAAAAAAGGUUUUCACACCUUACCUAAUAUUAGCAACUAGCUUUUCAGCCAUUAUUUUCACGAAUGAAUGUUUUUGGCUAAAGGGUCAAAUAGGCCCUUGAACUGACUUAAAGUGUUCAAUUAGCCU